CGAACUAUUAUUAUUAUUAUUUCUCCAUGAUGAUCAUGAUGAUAAUGUUACCUGAUCGAUGGAAGAGAAAAGAAAAAAGAAAAAAGAAAACGAAAAAACCUUGGAAGAGAAAUUAAGUAACUAUUAGCAACGAAUAGAAUUGGAAUAGAAAAGGUGAAGAAAAUAAUUCUAACCAAAUGAUCCAUGUUAAAGGUAAGAUUGAUUCUUUUUACUAAUUGUUACAAAUUAAAGAAUUUAAAUUGUUCAACUCACAAUCGACCAGAACAAUCAGUUAAUUGUCAUCGUCCAAUCAAAUGAUCCAAUUCAAUUAUUUUCGCCAACAAUUUCUCUUUGUUUUCUAUUCUCAGUGUUGAUCUUUGUUUUCUUAUUCUUUUCUCUGAGUUAAUUGUUUCAUCAAUUCUUUAAUUGUGUCUAUGUGAUUUAAUUUUAUUCUUUUCUUCAACUAAAUCUUGUCUUUCGACUGUUGUUCCAGUUAAUCUUCGGGUGUCACCAGAAUAUUCUGGGUUAAUAGAUUGUUUCCUUUUCCCUGUUGCUUUGAUUUCUAUUUUCGAUCAAUCAAUCAACUCUAAUUGUUAAUUCUCUUGUUUUUCUUAUUCUUUUUUAUCAAUUUUCUAAACCAUUAUCAUUAUCCUUUUCUCAUCUUCCUCCCGAAGAGUUUAAUCAUCUCACUGGUCAUCUGAUUAUAUCAAUUUGUUGAUUGGUCACUUUUGUUCCUAUUGACCAUUUCAAUUGUUGAUCAUAACUGUUUAUUGUUUGGACAUUUGUCUUUCUUUGCCAAUUUCAACCAGGAAAUAAUUGGAUUAUCGCUGGUAAACAAUCAUGAUUGAUUAUCUGCCUGUGAUUUGUGUCCACAGAGGGUGAAAGUGUUAAUCCAUUUGUUGAUUAUCUCAAAUUAACUUAAUUCGUUUUAUAAUCUUUUACAUCUUAAUGUGUCCAACUGAAGACCUUCAGAAAUGAAUCAUGUCUUCAGAAUCUGUCAAAGUAAUUGUCCGAUGUCGACCUCUAAAUCAGAGGGAAAAAGACUUAAAAUGCAAGAUAAUUGUCCAAAUGAAUCCCUCAUUGGCCCAAUGUAGUAUAAUCAAUCCCAAUGAUCCCGAAGCCCUUCCCAAGCCGUUUACCUUUGAUGGCGCUUAUUUUAUUGAUUCAACAACUGAACAAAUUUACAAUGAAAUUGUAUUUCCAAUCGUUGAGAGUGUUACCGAAGGUUAUAAUGGGACUGUAUUCGCUUAUGGACAAACUGGUUGUGGUAAAUCAUUUACCAUGCAAGGGAUUACGACGCCUUCGAGUCAGAAGGGAAUAAUACCAAGAGCGUUUGAACAUAUCUUUGAGGCCAUUUCGGCGACCGAUCAUACAAAAUUCUUGGUUCAUGCUUCAUAUCUUGAGAUUUAUAAUGAAGAGAUUCGUGAUCUUCUUGGUGUUGAUUCAAAGAAAAAGUUGGACCUAAAAGAAGCCCCAGAUUCGGGUGUAUUUGUCCAAGGAUUAUCUUGUCACCCGGUUCACGAUGUGAGACAAUGUGAACAAUUGAUGGAAUUGGGGUGGAAAAAUCGUUCCGUUGGUGCGACUCUUAUGAAUGCCGAUUCCUCUCGAUCUCAUUCAAUAUUUAGUGUACAAUUGGAACGGAUGGAGACCGGAGAAAUGGCCGAAUUUGAUUCAACCAUUCGAAAAGGAAAAUUGAAUCUAGUCGAUUUAGCUGGAAGCGAAAGACAGGCCAAAACGGGAGCCACUGGUGAUCGAUUGAAAGAAGCGACCAAGAUCAAUUUAUCUCUAUCGGCUUUAGGUAAUGUCAUCUCGGCGCUGGUCGAUGGUAAAUGUAAACAUAUUCCUUACCGAGAUUCCAAAUUAACCCGAUUACUUCAAGAUUCGCUGGGAGGUAAUACAAAGACUCUGAUGGUCGCCUGUCUCUCACCAGCGGACAAUAAUUACGACGAAACCUUAAGUACAUUGAGAUAUGCUAAUCGUGCCAAGAACAUUCAAAAUAAACCAACAAUUAACGAAGAUCCAAAAGAUGCUUUGUUACGCCAAUACCAGGACGAAAUCCAAAGACUCAAGUCUCUCUUAUCGACAUCCUCAGUUUCGGAAAUAAGUUCUAAUGUAAUCGAUAAUGAAUUACUCGAUAAGAUGAAACAUGAAUAUGACCUGAAGAUGCAAGAAUUGGUUGAGAAACACAAAGAGGAACAGGAAAGAAACGCUCAACUAAAAAACGAUAUGAACAAAUUGAAAGAAACGAUGGAAUCGAGAAUGGCCGAAGAGCAAAAUCGUGGGACAAUUAACGGAGAAACGGGUGACCUGAUUGAUGAUGUUCCACUUGAAAUGAAUGGACCAAUGGUCUCACCGGUCUCUGACCUGGAUCGAGAAAGAGGUAACAUCGCACAAAUUCAAGCGGAAACGUUAGAGAGGAUUCAGGCCUUGCAGGAACGAAUGGUCGGCGGUGAGAAGGCCAAUGAUCCGGAAUUGAAAGAGAAACGAACGAAGAGGAAAAAGAUAGCCGAAAGACGAAUGAUGGCCAUUUCGGACGCUCUUAAAAAGGUCGACGACGAUGAUCAACUGUUGCUCAAAGCUUAUGGUGAUAUAACGGAAGAGCUUAGAGCUCGAACCGCUCUACUGAAACGGGCGAAGAGGAAAAUUUCAACGCUCGAAAGUGAAGUAAAAGAUUUACAAGGUGAAUUCGAAACGGAACGGACAGACUAUUUGGAGACAAUUCGCCGACAGGAUCAGCAGAUCAAAUUGUUUUCUCAAUUGUUGGAUAAAAUUCAACCCGCCGUUCGAAAGGACUGUAACUAUGCCAACAUCGAGAAAGUAAAAAGCGAAAGUGUUUGGGAUGAAGAUCUUCAGAAAUGGCGGUUACCCGAUUGUUAUAUCGUUCGAACUAAACUUCCCCCGCCACCGGGAUCGACGCCAGGACUUAUCGGUGGUACAUUAGCCGGGAGAAUUCAGCCAGGCGGUCGAGAGAAGCCGCUUUUCUCUCGGUCAACUUCACCAGGUCGAAGUUUCUCUUCGAAUAAUGUUGACGAUAUAAUCGACGAAGAGAAAGAAUCUCUUUCAGAUUUUCGAUUGUUACAAAAACUCGAACAAGGAGCUGAAGAAAAUAUCGCCGCGAAUUAUUUUAAGCCCAAACGAAGAGAAGAAUUGUUGAAUAAUGUUCGAAAAGCGACAAAUCUCACCGGAGUUCUCAAUGGAAUCAGGCCAAAUCGAUUAACUGGUUUACUAUCACAAUCGAAUUCAGUUAACAAUCUAUCAAAUGGAAACUUGAUUAGCAAUAGUCAAGAAAAUUUAUCAAAUGGUUUAAAACCGAUUGGUAAUUUUGGUAAAUCAGUUACUACUUCAUUUAAUCAUCAACAAUCAUCUUCGCCUUUAUCUUCAUCACCCGUCACGAUUAACGAUCAACAAUCACCAGUAACAUUUCUGAACUCUCCCAUGUUAUCACCACCGACGAUAUUAACAUCAUCACCAUUAAAUAAUCAUGCAACAAUUAAGAAAACGGUUUCUUCUGUGGUGAGUACAAAUGUUAAUAUUAAUCCGCCGAUUCGACAAUUAAGUAAAUCACUUCCGUCCACUCGUAAUGGCAAAGAAGACGAUUUUUCCAAUGGUGGAUCUUUAAGUGCUGGUGAAUUACCAAGGCGUCCAUUUAGAUUACAAUCAAUUAGAGUGGAAAGAAAAGAAGAUCAAAUCAACGGAAUUUCAAUGAUGUGAAAAUUGGGCAACAAUUAGCAGAUUAAAUUAUCGUUAAUCUAUUGAUAUUUUAAAGACUGUUUGCUGAAUUAACUACUAAUUUGUUACCUGUUAUCCAUAAUUAGUUCCCAAUUCACCCUAAACAAUUUAUAUUAUUUUGAACAAUUGUAUCAAUAUUUUUAACAAUCAUUAAUAAAUGAUUGUUGCUAAUAAAUACUGAUUGAAAAAGAAAAUGAUUUUACAUUUUUAAACCACAAACAAGAGACAAUUUGAUUGUUUGGAU